AUGGAGGCAGCCACAGCUCCCGAGGUGGCCUCCUCAGGAUCCACACUGAAGGUGAAAGAAACGAGCCCAGCAGAUGCAGAAGGACCCCCAGCUUCACCUCGACAGGAGGCCGGCAGCCCCAUUCCCCAGCUCCUGUCCCCUAUAGAAGAGCACCCCAAGAUCUGGCUACCUCGCGCCCUGAGGCAGACCUAUAUCCGGAAGGUCGGAGACACCGUGAACCUACUAAUCCCAUUCCAGGGCAAACCCAAACCUCAAGCCACCUGGACACAUGAUGGCUGUGCCUUGGAUGCCGGCCGUGUGAGUGUGCGCAAUGGGGAGCGGGACUCCAUCCUCUUCAUCCGAGAAGCCCAACGUGCUGACUCAGGUCGCUACCAGCUCAGCGUGCGGCUGGGCGAGCUGGAGGCCACUGCCACCAUUGACAUCCUGGUGAUCGAGAGGCCAGGCCCUCCUCAGAGUAUCAAGUUGGUGGAUGUUUGGGGCUCCAAUGCUACUCUGGAGUGGACACCUCCCCAAGACACAGGCAACACGGCACUCCUCGGAUACACCGUGCAGAAGGCUGACACAAAAUCUGGGCUGUGGUUCACGGUGCUGGAACGUUAUCACCGCACCAGCUUCACAGUCUCCAACCUCAUCGUGGGCAACUCCUAUGCAUUUCGAGUCUUUGCUGAGAACCAGUGCGGGCUCAGUGAGACAGCCCCCAUCACUGCUGACCUUGCCCACAUCCAGAAAGCAGCUACCCUUCGCAAGACUGGGGGGUUUGCACAGCGAGAUUUCUCUGAAGCCCCAAAGUUCACCCAGCCUCUGGCAGACUGCACCACGGUCAUGGGCUAUGACACCCAGCUCUUCUGCUGCGUCCGCGCCUCUCCCAAGCCAAAGAUCAUCUGGCUGAAGAACAAGAUGGAUAUCCAAGGCAACCCCAAGUACCGAGCCCUCACUCACCUGGGAAUCUGCUCUCUCGAAAUCCGCAAGCCUGGUCCCUUUGAUGGGGGUAUCUACACCUGCAAGGCAGUUAACCCCCUGGGGGAGGCAUCUGUGGACUGUCGGGUGGAUGUGAGAGUUCCUGGCUGA